UUCGUCGGCAUCGUGCAGUGGCGUUCGUUUUUGUUGUUGUGUUCGCGUUGUGUUGUGUUUUGAUCCGACGCCAGGCGAUGGGUGCACCCGAAACAACGAGGCGCCCCUGCAGUCACGCGACGAUCUGCGUGUGUUUCGUGGUGGGGUGAAGUGGACCGGCGUCGCUCCCCCCUCCGACUGUGGUGGCCACCAUCGUGAGCUCGGGCGCGCAGGGAGCUACCGCCGUCGUAGUUCCUUGCCGGAUCUGCGGUCGCGACGAAUUGGGACGUGCAGCUGCGGGUCGGCGGGACGACGCUGCCUAGCCGCUGCUUAGAGCGCGGACCUCUUCCAGUCCUUGCAGCCGAAAGGCCCCACUGGCGCGCUCUCGGACGGGCUCGCGGGCCCGCCAACCACCUGUCAAACUGGUGCUCCGUCCGACCGCCAAGAUUUCGCCCUCCAAGGCUACCGACGCCAGCAGCGUCGGCGCCAUGACCGAAGCCGUACCGCAAUUGUGCGUGUCGGCCUCGGACAAGGCGGCGUCCGGCGGCUGCCGUGGUCGGCGCGUGUGCGCCGGCUGCGGUGCGCCCAUCCGCGACCAGUACAUCCUGCGCGUGGCGCCGGACCUGGAGUGGCACGCGGCCUGCCUCAAGUGCGCCGACUGCCACCAGUUCCUGGACGAGACCUGCACCUGCUUUGUGCGCGACGGAAAGACUUACUGCAAGCGCGACUACGUUCGGCUGUUCGGCACCAAGUGCUCCAAGUGCCGGCAGGCUUUCUGCCGCACAGACUUCGUGAUGCGCGCCCGGCAGCACGUGUACCACCUGGACUGCUUCCGGUGCCAGGCCUGCGAGCGCCAGCUCAUGCCUGGCGACGAGUUCGCGCUGCGAGAGGACGGCCUCUUCUGCCGCGCCGACCACGACGUGCUCGACAAGUUCGCCUCCUCCGCGCACGGAGCGCCACCCGCCGCCAACGGCAUACACGUCGCUCCAAACGCGGAGCCCGUCCCGGUGGGCGGCGGCGGUGUUCCCCGGUCCGGCGGCCAGGCGCCGCCCGCCCAGCCUCGGGGCCAUCCGCAGAGCAAGCAGCAAGCGCAGCACGCGGAGGGCGCGCAGGCGUCGCACAAGCCGACUCGGGUGCGGACGGUGCUGAACGAGAAGCAGCUGCACACGCUGCGCACUUGCUACGCGGCCAACCCGAGGCCGGACGCGCUCAUGAAGGAGCAGCUGGUCGAGAUGACGGGCCUGUCGCCGCGCGUCAUCAGGGUCUGGUUCCAGAACAAGCGCUGCAAGGACAAGAAGAAGAGCCUCCUCAUGAAGCAGAUGCAGCAGCACGAAAAGGACGGGCGUCCGCUCAGCCUGGGCAGCCUCCGCGGCGUGCCCAUGGUUGCCAGCAGCCCCGUGAGGCACGAGGGCAGCGACAGUCCGCAGCCACUCGAGGUACACGCCUACCAGCCGCCCUGGAAGGCCCUGGCCGAGUACGCCAUGCACCCAAACGAGGUGGACCCCACGACGCCCCACUUCCAGCAUCUCGUCAACCAGAUGCACGGUUACGACACGGGUGACCCCGGCUGCAUGGGCGUACUACCGCUGGGCGCCGGCGGCCACUACCUGUGCCCGGACGACGGUCUAGGCGCGCCGCCCAGCAACCUAUCGUCGCACCACUCCAGCCACUUACCCGGCACGCCCUCCGAACUGUCCAGCCCCACGAGCGAAUGACCUCCGGGGCCCUCCCCGAGGGGUCGUCCGAGGACGCGAAAGCAGGACCGCGCGCCGCGGCCUUAAAAGACCUGCACCGCCGCGAAGACGUCCGCCGCGCCAGUGUACAUAUGUACUGCAGUGAAGCCGAGGCACAGAGUGCGGUGGCCCUAUACGCCAGGAGAACACCGCCUCGAAAGAGAGGCGCGACAAGCGGUUGCAGCCUGGUGUGUGCCCUGGCUCCUGACGCAGAGACGAGCAGUCUUACGACAGUGCCCGCCGUUCUCGCAGGAGAACAAGAAGUUGACGAAGCGGAGGAGCCAAUCGAGGCCAACUAGCCACUACAGGGGAGGGCUUCGAUGGUCGUUUUAUACGUGUAGGCCGCACGUGGGGACGAGGCACGUGGAAAACCGGGCUUGCGUUUGCGUCGACUUUGCGUGUGCGUCGACCAGACUAUGUUUGUUUCAUGUCAGCGACACCCAUCUCACUGAGCUAACUAUCCGAGGUAGUAAAUUCCAGGGCGACGAUAUGUCAAAUGAGUGACACCCAACGGAAAGAGGGAGAAUUCGCUUGCAACUGGAGCAGCGUCCUCAAAUCACGCAUGCGGUUUUUCUCGUGAUGGAAGAUUUACGAACAGUUUUCAGUCACCUCGCUAAAGCGAAGAAACGGGCAGUACCGAUGGAAGCUAAUCAAAGCCGCAUAGUCGAACCUGAAAAGUUCGACAAAGAAAGAUAGUAAAACAAUUAUCGGGGCUUGGCGCCCCGAAACGUAAUUUGGUUUUGAAGGACGCCGUAGUGAAAGGUUCUGGAAAUUUCGCCCACCUGUGAUCCUUUAACGUGCACCUAAAUUCGAGUACACGGGCGUCUAGCAUUAUCACCUGCACAGAAAUGCGCUCGCCGCGGCCGAGAAUCAAUCGAGCUACUUAUAAGAGUCAGCAGCCGCUGCACAACCGCGACGGCUGAGAAAAGCAAGAAAAAGCUUAAAUAAACACACGGCCAAAUUCAAGACUGUGUAUAACGUUCAAUACACGGAUGACGCCAAGAGUGUUUACCGGCUGUGAAGAAUAGCAACAUCAGCAACGGGUUUCCCA